UGUCUUCAUCUCUUGCUAGUUACUGUUACGUUAAUUUCCUAAUAUCCCUAAAAUACCCUCCCUUCCAUUAUUGAACGCACAAAAUAAACUACCGCUCAAAAAGCAACAACUGGGUCAGGAAACGGAGAGCCCUGUUUUUGGUUCUCCUCUCAUUCAUCAAUGGCUUCCAUUUCUAACCUUUUCGUCAAAACCCCUUCUAUUUCUCACUCUCUUCCCAAAUCCUUCAACAACCAUUUCGCUCCUCCACUGAGAGUAUCUUUCUCUCCAAAACUUCACUCGAAAAGGUUGGCCCGUAUUCGAGCGGGGUUGAUCGAACCGGACGGUGGCAAGCUUGUCGAACUCUUCGUCGACAAGUCUCAGAAGGAUGUUAGAAGGAAAGAGGCGAUUUCAUUGCCUAAGAUUACGUUGACGAAGAUUGAUAGACAAUGGGUUCAUGUAUUGAGCGAAGGUUGGGCAAGUCCACUUUCUGGAUUCAUGAGAGAAUCCGAGUUCCUCCAAACUCUUCAUUUUAAUGCCAUCCGUCUCGAAGACGGGUCGGUUGUUAACAUGUCGGUGCCGAUUGUGCUCGCCAUCGACGAUUUGCAGAAGCAACGGAUCGGCGAGUCCAAAAGGGUCGCUCUCGUCGAUUCUGACGAUAAGACGAUUGCAAUUUUGAACGAUAUUGAGAUCUACAAGCACCCCAAAGAAGAACGAAUAGCAAGAACUUGGGGUACUACAGCCCCUGGUCUUCCUUAUGUUGAAGAAACUAUAAAAAAGUCUGGGAACUGGCUGAUUGGAGGGGACUUGGAGGUAAUUGAACCAAUCAAGUACCAUGAUGGUCUGGAUCGUUUUCGAUUGUCACCAGCAGAACUCCGCAAGGAAUUCACAAAGCGGAAUGCAGAUGCUGUCUUUGCUUUUCAGCUGAGAAAUCCUGUGCACAAUGGCCAUGCUUUACUAAUGACAGAUACUCGUAAGCGGCUUCUUGAGAUGGGUUAUAAGAAUCCUGUCCUUUUGCUUCAUCCAUUAGGAGGCUAUACAAAAGCUGAUGAUGUUCCGCUUAGUUGGCGAAUGAAGCAACAUGAGAAGGUUCUUGAAGAUGGUGUGCUUGAUCCUGAGACAACUGUGGUCUCUAUAUUUCCAUCUCCCAUGCACUAUGCUGGUCCAACUGAGGUGCAGUGGCAUGCAAAAGCUCGGAUCAAUGCAGGAGCUAACUUUUACAUUGUUGGUAGGGAUCCAGCUGGAAUGAGUCAUCCAGUUGAGAAAAGAGAUUUAUAUGAUGCGGACCAUGGGAAAAAGGUGCUGAGUAUGGCUCCUGGACUGGAGCGGCUAAACAUCCUUCCUUUUAAGGUUGCUGCGUAUGAUAAGACGCAGGGUAAAAUGGCAUUCUUUGAUCCCACAAGACCCCAAGAUUUCCUCUUCAUAUCAGGCACCAAGAUGCGAACACUUGCGAAGAACAAGGAGAACCCACCUGAUGGAUUCAUGUGCCCUGGUGGCUGGAAUGUGUUGGUUGAAUACUAUGACAGUUUAGCUCCAGCUGACAAUGGCAAAGUGCCUGAACCAGUUUCAGUGUAGAUGGAAUUGCUGCCUCAUAAUGUAAAGAAUCUCAUUGGAAGAAACCUUAAUACCAAUUUAUCUCAUUUCUGUAUGAGGAAGUUGUUGUAAAUAUUCUCAGUCCAGAUCUCUAAUAAAAUCACGAGGCACUGGUACGGGCACAUGAAACUUUGCCUCCAUCUGCAAUUAGGUUUGCCUGGUGUGGCAUCUUUUGCCCUAGUGCUUGGUGCUCUUAUGAGUGUUGAAAGCUUGUAUUGAACUGUCUUGUGCUUGCCUUGGCUUGUUUAAAGGACACAGAUUGUGGGGUGUUUUUAUCUUU